GUCUUUUAACUUCCACAGCCUAUUUUUAUGGCAUUAUUGUUUUAGAAAAGGAUUUAUUUGAUGGCUUUUUGAGUACUUUCAUCUGUAAAAACCAUCACGUCCACCGCCACCGUAAUAAAGUUGGACAAGAAUGGAGAGUAGAAGUUACCAUGGCAACAAUAGUUUAUACACAAAAUGAGACUUGAUUUAUUGUAGACAAGUUUUUACAUCUCCGUAAACGAAACAAACUUUACGUUUUUGCCAUGUCUAAGGGUAAAAAAGUCGAAUUGCAGGUGGCUGUUCACAGCCAGGAUCAAUGGAAUGAUUUGCUACAAAAAGAAGGACUGAUAGUUGUCGAUGCUUAUGCAUCGUGGUGUGGACCAUGCAAAGCCAUUACAAGUACCCUGAAACGAUUAAAGAAUGAGAUCGGUGACGACUUUCUACAUUUUGCUACAGCAGAAACAGAUAACAUUGAGUCGUUACAUUUAUACAGAGGAAAAUCACAGCCAACAUUUUUGUUUUAUGCAAAAAACAUCUUAGUUUCCGUUGUCCGUGGUUGCAAUUGUCCUGUCAUGAUUCAAAGUAUCACAUCUGAACUGGAGAGAGAGCACAAGGUUUUGGAAGGAAAGGCUGAACGUAUUGAGUAUUUCGAUGAAGUUGUUUGUGGUAAACCAGAGAGAAGUAUGGAGAUUGAAGUUAGCAAAGAGGAUGAGGAAAUAGAGGUAAAAAAAGAGGUUUCUUUAGCCAUAAUCAAACCUGACGCUGUCAAAGCUGGCCUAGUUGAUGAAAUCAUUGCCAAGGUAAAAUCAGAAGGAAUGGAAAUAUUGCGACAAGAAGAACGAACUUUGACAAAACAAGAGGCGGCCGAAUUCUACAAACAACAUGAAGGAACAGAGCAUUUUGAAAGUCUUGUUGAAUUUAUGAGCAGUGGCCCAUGUUUGACGCUUAUCAUUAGCAAAGGUGCGACUGGAGAGGGAGUUAUUCCCCAGUUUCGAGAUCUAAUUGGUCCAAAAGAUGUGAAUAAAGCAAAGGAGGAAGCGCCUGACAGUAUCCGUGCAGUGUAUGGAACUUCUUCUGUGAUGAACGCCAUUCAUGCUUGCGACACAUCUGAAAGUGCAGCAAGAGAACUGGCGUUCUUCUACCCUGAUUUUGUCUCACCGACCGUGAAGACUAAGAAAGCCAGUAAGGAAAGCACGCAAAGGACUUUGGCCCUUAUACGACCUGAUGCAUUGCGUCAUCAUAAAGACGAGAUUUUGGACAAGAUUACUGAAGCGGGUUUCUCUAUAGCCAUGGCUAAAGAACUCCAGUUAAGUCGCGAGGAAGCAGAGGACUUCUACGAUGAGCAUCGAGGAAAAGACUUCUUUGAACAACUUGUUGAAAAUAUGUGCAGUGGCCCAGUCAUGGCACUCUGUCUUGUCAAAGAAGACGCUGUUGAAGGCUGGAGGAAUAUUUUAGGUCCAAAGGAAGUCGAGGUUGCUAAAAAGGAAGCACCCGAAAGUCUGCGAGCUCAAUUUCAAGUAGACGAGAGCGGCAUCAACCCUCUUCAUGGCUCAGACUCUAAAUCAGCCGCGCGACGAGAGAUCGAAAAAAUAUUUCCUGUUGAAACGACAGUCGCUGUUAUCAAACCUGAAGCGGCGGAAGAGAGCGGAGAUCAAAUCAUCGACCGUAUAAAGGAAGCAGGUUUUCGCAUCGUCUCCCGCAAGGAUGUCGGCCUUACCAAAGAACUCGCCGGUCAGUUUUAUCAUGAACACGAAGGAAAGGAAUUCUUUAAUGGCUUGACUGAUUACAUGAGCAGUGGUAAGAGUACCGUUUUACUCCUUGAACGUGAAGAUGCUGUGACAGGAUGGCGAGCAUUGAUGGGACCCACAGACCCAGAGGAAGCAAGAGAGAAGGCACCAGAUUCGAUCCGAGCGAAAUUUGGAAAAGAUAUAUGCAGAAAUGCUGUCCAUGGCAGUUCCAACAAAGAUAAAGCCGUUCCAGUUAUUGAGGAAUUGUUCCCGGAGAUACAAGUCCUUCCAAAUGGUCGAACUGUUGAAAACACUAAGGCUGAAGCUGAUGUUCCAUCAACAGAGGAUGGCAAAGGUUUAACAGAGAAUGCAGUGCAUGACAAUGGAACUAUGCCAUCUGAAGGUGAUAAGGAUGGUCAACCAGCGGACAUUGAUACCACACAAGAAAAAGAUGAUGUCAACGGUGUUGGUAACGAUACAACUGAUGGUGGAGUAAGUGAAGGUGAUAAGGAACACAAUGUCGAAGCUGGUGAUAAUGACACAGCAAAAGAAAGUGUGUCCAGUUGCGUCAACGAUGGUAAUGUUGCCAAUGAUGGUAAUGUUGUUGACGAUGGUAAUGGUAAGAGCGAUGGUGAUAAUACCAACGGUGGUGAUGGUGCCAACGAUGAGAAUGGUGCUAACGAUGGUGAUGGUACCAAUGAUGGUGAUGGUGCCAAUGAUGGUAAUGGUACCAAUGAUGAGAAUGGUGCCAACGAUGGUGAUGGUACCAAUGAUGGUGAUGUAGUCAACGAUGGUAAUGGUGCCAACGAUGAGAAUGGUGCCAACGAUGGUGAUGGUACCAAUGAUGGUGAUGUAGUCAACGAUGGUAAUGGUACCAAUGAUGAGAAUGGUGCCAACGAUGGUGAUGUAGCCAACGAUGGGAAUGGUGCUAAUGAUGGUAAUGGUACCAACGAUGGUGAUGUAGUCAACGAUGGGAAUGGUGCUAAUGAUGGUGAUGGUACCAACGAUGGUGAUGUAGUCAACGAUGGUAAUAUUCUCACUAAUGAUACUGUCAGUGACAGUCACACAGAAAGCGCACCAACAGAGAAAAAUGAGGAGAGUACCAGAGCAGAUCAUGACAAAGUAAAUGACAACAACGCGACAGAUGAUGAGAACAAAAAUUCUAGCAUUCAUGACGAGAACCAAGUAAAUAAAAACGACAAUGAUGUUAAAGAUACAGAAGCAUCACUCGAUACAGAUUCGACGCUACAAAAUGACAGCAACAACACUUCUCAUAAAGAAGAAACUGCAAAAUCAGAUGAAGGUGAAACCACAACAAAAGAUGAUUCUGAAGAAAUUAAAGAUUCGUAAACAGUAAGAUGAACAUGUAAAUAGCUUAUUUAUAGCAGAUUAGUUUUUAAUAGUUUUUUCUCUUGUGUUUUAUGCAAUUGCUUGUAUUUUUUUAUAGUAAAGAUCCUGUCAUUUUUGA